UUGCACCUGUUUCUACCUCCUUUUGACAAUGGUGGCCUCCCUGAAGUCCUGGCCUCUCACGAUCGCUGUGACUCUGUGCAUCUUGUUCUGCCUGGGAACCUUGGUAGAGGCCUACCCUCAACAGCCAGAGCACCCUGGAGAAGAUGCCUCCGCUGAAGAAAUGGCCAGAUACUUGUCAGCUCUCCGACACUACCUUAACCUGGUGACAAGGCCAAGGUUUGGCAAGAGGUCCAGCCCAGAGACAUUGAUGUCAGAGCUUAUUUUUGGAGACAGCAGCAGCAACAGUGGAGCUAGCCAUGAUGACCGGUCAAGGUUCGAGGACUCCAACAUUUGGUAA